CUGCGGAAAAAGGAAAGUAUGGAUCAGACAGCGGCGGAGUUUCGGUGGGAAGGUCCGGGGUUCAGAACAGCGGGGACAUUUCAGGGUAAAAAACACUUUAAGAAUAUGUAUUUCGCUGUUUGGUAAGCGGAUAUUCUUUUUUGCAUUCUUCCGUUUGCUCAGUUGUGUGUUUACAUAAAGUUUGCCAACUUGUGUCGGCGUGUUUCUGAUUGAUUAGUCUGGAGAGAUUAGCAGAACAUUCAUGGCUUUGAUAGCGACUGACCAGGGCUGCAAGCUGAACGGGACCGCGGCGGUUUACGGCAGAGUUGGACCGAGAAAAGACAUGUUUCAGGGCAUGACAGGGGACUUUAAAACGGCCAAAGUGCAGCCGAAAGAGACGGAGUAUUCAACAGAUGGCCUGCCCAAAGCAUUCCUGCACAGCCUGAGGACCCUGUUUGACAUUUUGGACGACGGGGGUCGGGGUUAUGUCCACAUCUCUGAGAUCGAGAGCCGCUGGCAGGGCGCAGACACCCGGGAGCUGCCCGGUGGGGUGCUGAGCUGCCUCAGGAGGGUCACACCACCGCAUGGCUGCCUCACCUUUGAGCGGUUCGUCGCGGGGCUGCGGUACUCCAUGCUCAACCCGGAGAACAGCUCCCAUUUCAGAGCCCAGGCUGCUGUCCACCCGCAGCAGGCGCCAAAGCAGCACCAGAAGCCCGCCCCGCUGUCCACAUGCAGCGUCGGGACGCGGGUUGAGAACAAGGUCCGUCCGCUGGGGCCGAGCAACGUGACCAACACCCAGCCGCACCGGUCUGCCUCCCUGCAGAGCCGGAGCAGGCCGGAGGAGGGGGCCGGGUACCCCAUGUGUGGACCGGCCCCGUACAGCGCGGGCUUCGAAAGGUCCGGGCGGAGCGUGGAGCGCAGUUCCGUGGCUCCGGGGGGCGGGUGUUACCGGGCCGAACCGGGCCAUGCCACCAAACCAGCACAGCCUCAGCAGAGCCGGGUCAGGUCCAUUGAGUCGCUUGCUCUGGAGUCAUCGCAGCUCCACGGAACAGGUGUUGUGAAAUCAGGUUUACCGAGGUCUCAGAGUGAAUCUGCAACAGGAUUUACUGGCAGCUCCAGGCGACACGGGCGGAGUCGGGAAGAGCAGAGGCGUCAUACCAUCUCCAACGGAGUGGACUAUGGAGUGUUAAAGCAAAUGAAAGAGCUGGAGCAGGAGAAGGACUCGUUGCUGGCGGGCCUGGAAGUGGUGGAGCGGGCCCGCGAGUGGUACCAGGGUCAGAUCCACAAUGUCACAGAGAGACAGCGGCAGGUUGGCCAGAGCUCCCAAUGCACGGAUUUCUUCACAGAAGCCAAUCAGAGCCGCAUGAAUGUUCUAAUACCUAAACUGCAAGAAGUCAACCGCUGCCUUAAUGACCUUAUUACCUGCCCUGGGAUGCAGCCGUUUCCUUCCAGCGCUGCUCAGACAGCAGCGCUCUCCACUAACCCUCAGCCUCCAGGUCCAGCUCCUCCACAAGCCAUCCAGAGACUGAAGGACCAGAACAGGCUUCUCACACAGGAGGUGACAGAGAGGAGCGAGCGGAUCACCCAGCUGGAGCAGGAGAAGUCUGCUUUGAUAAAACAGCUUUUCGAGGCUCGAGCCCGCAAUACGCAAGACACCAGCACCAUGGACUCCACCUUCAUCUGAGGACACUCCACCCAACACCGUAACAUCACCAUGCUCCAGCUGCGAAUCAUCCGGAGCAAAGCUUUUACCAGACUUAAGCUGACUGUUGUUUACCCACACCUGUAUUAGCAGUGAUGCACCUUUAGCCAUGACACCCUCGACUGCAGCAGCAUGUGAGCACUCCACCUCCACUCCCACCUCCACUCCAAAACCAUGCACUACCUAGAUGUGAACACUCCAGGGAGUCCAAAGACUCUGUCACUUGCUGCGUGAAUCACUCGAGCUUAAAAGACUGGAACACUUUCACGAAACCAGUCGGGUCUCAUGAGAUCCCAUCACUCCAUUUCUUGCAGGAUUACAGCAUCUGCGAGAUCUCCACUCCCACUCCCAGAGGGCUUUUUCACUUCUGCUGCUCGACUGCACAGGCAACAGAAAAAAAAAAACUAAACUUGGUGGUCCAAAUAGGACAACACGGGGGAGGGGAUUGCUUUCUGUCGGAAUAAAAUGCCAUAUUCUCACAGUUUAAUAUGAAAACAAAUCACCAGCUGCUUGCUGUGACCUAUCACUUACUUUUAAGUUUGGUACUUUGAUCGAAAUGAUAAUGAGACACACUUUGCCCACGUCUUUCAUUUCAGUAUUUCCUUCCUUUUAAUGUGUAUGAUUUGUUUACCUGACAUCUGGCUUUCUGGUUUUUUAGAGUGUUUACUUUCAAACACUGAGAGACAGGAAUUACUGAAAAAAAGAGAAGUUUUUAUAUUAUAGGAGCAUGUUUAAUGUUGAGAUGUUUUUUUUUUAAAAAUUGAAAGCAGAGAUGGGAGGACAGCUGACAAGCCAUCGAGAUGUAGAGGCGGAGAUGGAUGAGAGAAGUUAGGAAGUUUGCACGUAGAGGUGAGCUGAGGAGGAUAAUAAACAUGGUAGACGGUGAAUGUGUCGGAGCUCGAGCUCCUCGGUUGGGAGAUGUUCUGACGAAAUGAAUCAUCACUUUGGCGACCCAAUGCAACAUCCCCUGUAUGUCUUUUACAGUGGAUUCCUUGCGUGGGUCGUAUUUUCAGCUCAAAAGCAUUUAUCUUCUGAAGAGAUUUUCUGUUUGAACACCUGGAGAUUAAACGUUAGCACGGAAAAGGAAAAACACAAUUUGUCCUCGUAAGUGUCUUGUCCAGGUUGGCUUUAUACUAAAACUGUAAUAAAAAAAAACAAAAAAAAAACAGUCAACCAUCCGCAAGUUUACAAGAGAAAUGAUUAGUUAGUGGGUGGCGGUAGAUUGAAAAACAAAGACAUUGUAGUUUUAUAAUGGAUCUGUAUGGUACUGCUGGGAUGACCGCACUUAACAUAUUGUUGACGUCUGUUUCCCAUUUGUUUGAUUGUAUUGUUUCUUGCUGCUCAAACUGCAUUAUGUGUGAGUGAAACUCUUUUCCUUCUGCUUUCUAUCGAGAGAACUCAAACGAGAUGUAAAAAAAAUAAAUAAAUAAGACCAAACAAA